AUGUCACAAUUCCCUCGUCUCUUGCAAAAUUUGCCGCGCAGGACGAGGCAACUGGCUGCGGGCAAAGAGUCAGAAACUGCAAGGAAGGGGAAACGGAUUCAACGCACCACGGGUGGGGGCGGCGCAGGUGCCGCGGGGCUAGGCGGCGGAGGCGCUGCGGGGGGGGGCGGCGGAGAUGCCACGUGGGGAGGCGGCGGAGGUGCCGCGGGGGACGGCACAGGUAGUGUCGCCAAAGAAGUCCGGGUGUCCAAGCCCGGACGGAACACCGGCAAAAACAAGUUAUCGAUGACGCAGCGAUUGCGGAUUGUCAAGGAGGUCCAGGGGGGGACUAAGAGGAGCAUGGUUGCUGCAAAGUGGAGCGUCGGUACUUGGUACACGAGCAAGUUCAUGAACCCGGAGAAAAUCGCUGAGCUCAAGAAAAUCCGCGACAUGGAGCUCAAUCAGGACGCCCUUCGCGCCCCGAGGCCGGUACACGACGAAGUGGAAGAGAAACUACGCAAGUGGAUCAAGAUCGCACGAGCACGCUUUGACGUAAGUACACAUUUUGCAUUAGUCAUGUGUUGGUCAGGAUACAACUUGGUUGCCUAUACGCCUAUAACCUUCCGCCCCUACACCUCCUCCCACUCUCGACCAAGCUGCUGGGCCCAGGCCUUGAAGAUCGCGGCGCAGAUGGGGAAGACCAACUUCAAGGCGACCAACGGCUGGCUACAUCGCUUCCUGAAACGCUACAGCUUCACUCACGUCCAAUUGCACGGAGAAGCUGGCGACGUGGACAAGCAGAAAGUGGCAGAGGAGUUCGAGAGGAUUCGUGAGCAGCUGCAGGAGUUCGACGUCGAGUUCAUUUGUAACAUGGACGAGACGGGACUUUUCUUCCGCUGCUUCCCGAGAGGUACACGCGUCACGAGGGGGGAGGCCGCCGCCGGCGUCAACAGCAAAACCGCGCGGGGUUCGAAGGCCAUGAAUGCCAAGGAUCGGUGCACGGUGGUCGCCUGCUGCAAUACGACCGGGUCUCAGAUGGCGCCGUUGGCCGUCAUCAGCACGUCGAAAAAACCGAUGGUUUUCCGCCAGGUGGCCUUCUUGUGGGACAACUGCCCCGGCCACAAGAUCAAAAGCAACGACCCGCAUAUCGUCAUCAACUUCUUGCCUCCGUACGUCAAUUCUGUCUACCAGCCCAUGGACAUGAGCAUCCUGUUUGUACUCAAGUGCCAGUACAAGACCGAGAUGGUGGCAAGGCUGGCAGACCUCAUGGAGGACUGGGACACCGCGACAAUGCUGGACGUCACGGAGAUCUGUUCCCAGAAGUGGCGUAGCUUCGACGUUCAGACGGUCAUCAGGUGCUGGCUCAAGGCUGGCAUCCUUCCCAGGGAGCACUGCAACGUUCUCAAGGGCAUGGACACGCGGCUUGACCGAGAGGACAAGGACAACGCGGCAAUCAUCGAUGGCCUUUGUGACAUGGUCUCAAAAAUGUCGAUGCCAGCUAGCGUAACGGACCAUGGGUCCAUGCCGCGAGUGUUGACGGACAAUUUGUUUGUCGAGACGGGCGCAGACCUCACAGAGCAGGAAGUCCGAACGGCGGUCAAGACGUGGCUUUCGGUAGAGGACGACCCCGAGGUGUUCGAAGAGGCGGUGGAGUUGGAACUGCAGGCAGUAGAGAGGGAUCUCGCCGGCUUAGAAAUGGACGACGACGUAUCGAGCGAAGAGGGCGACGGCGACGGCAGGCCGGAGUCGUGCAUAUCCUCGUCUCUCACCGAGGGCAAGGUUGUCUCUCGCUUGGAGGACGUUCGAUCCUAUAUGUACGCGAAGGGAAGGGGUGGCGAGUACCGGUAGCUUGGUCUCCGCCGGGACAGUUAC